AUGGAAGCGGGCAAGAUGCGAGCUGCUGGACGACCAAGAAAGAUGCCUGAUGAAGAAAAGACCAAGUACGCUCGCGUUUCUGCCGUGGAUCGUUCCCGCAUCAUCGAUGCGUACCGACGAGGUGGGGACUUGAAGCAAUUGGCCCAAACACUGGGAAUAAAUAUAAAGACUGUGCGCUCAAUCACCGCAACAGAUCGUGAAACAGCCAAGAAACGUGGUGGUUCGUCAAAAAAGUUUGGCCAAGAUGUGGUCAAUACCCUGCGUGAAAUCCUAGAAAAGAACCCAUCCUUCACGCUUAUGCAAAUCCGGAUGUCGUUGACAGAGAAGUUUCCCGGUACCGAAAUCAGCAAGUCUACCAUCGAUCGGCUUCUGGAUGGCCAUGGUUAUACACUUAAGUUAAUUACUCAGAGGCCGGUUGACCGUAACCGGGCUGAUGUCAAGGAAGAGCGCCGCAAGUUCGCUCAAUGGCUCCAAAACGAGGGUACCACAGUCACGCGGUACUACAUCGACGAAACGAAUUUCAACGUUUGGUGCGCAAGAAGUUUUGGCAGAGCGAAACGAGGCGCCCCAGCUAUUCGUCUUGCAACCAGCACAAAGGGCGCGAAUAUAAAUGUUUUGGCUUGCAUGUCGGCAAAUGGCCUUCUGCAUUGGACUUUAGUGGACAAGAUCCACUGGGUUGUAUUCAACGAAUUUCUCGAUGAUCUGUCCAAGAAGGUUCAUCAUCAGGAACCUGGCACUGAAGCUGUGUUCUUGUUUGACAACGCUCCAGCGCACCGCCGUGCUGAGGGGGUUGUCUUGGCCUCCAGUGAUCACUCAGUGAAGCGGCUUCCACCCUACAGCCCAUUCUUCAAUCCAAUCGAAGAAGUUUUUUCAAAGUUCAAGGCUGGUGUAAAGGCUUUUCUUGCUGAACGGCGCGACCGUCUUUUCAUGACACCACCAGGUAUAUCCAAGAAACAGCAUCGCCGGGCACUGUUGGUUGAGGCCGCGGGAGAGUCAAUGAAGCACAUCCUGCGGGUUGAAUGCGCUGCCUACGACAGGCACAACUACACUUUUGUGCAAGCUGCCCUAGCGUGCCACGACAUGUGA